AGGCGUUGUGUAUGCGGAAGUGAUGGACGCGGCUUGUGUUUCUGCAGGAGUCUGACGCGUCGGAUGAAGCUGCAUGACAGAAGGUCAGGAUGCUGGAGUCCUAUGUUUCUCCUCUCUUGAUGAGUUAUGUGAACCGCUACAUAAAGAACCUGAAGCCGUCGGACCUGCAGCUGUCACUAUGGGGCGGCGACGUGGUUCUGAGCAAACUGGACCUGAGACUGGACGUGCUGGAGCAGGAGCUCAAGCUGCCCUUCACCUUUCUGAGCGGACACAUCCACGAGCUGCGCAUCCACGUGCCCUGGACCAAACUGAGCUCGGAGCCCGUGGUCAUCACCAUCAACACCAUGGAGUGCAUCCUCAAGCUCCGAGACGGAGCCACGGUCAGUGUCUGAAUGAGAUCUAGAGUCUGGGUCACGAGCGGAUGAAGCUCAGAGCGAGCGUGGUUUUGUGUGGACUGAAGCACAGCCGAUGCUCAUGUAUGAAAGCUCUGAUCUAUGAUGUCUGUGUGAGCAGACAAUCACUCAAUCCACAGUUUGGACAAACAAAUAAGAAACAUGUUUCAUGUAAAUCUAAUAGACUUUAGUCAAGGAAAUGCCAUAUUUAAUAUAAAGCACAGUAUGGCGUCCUCUCUGACUGAGGUCUAUAGCACUGCUGGUGGAGCAGACGAGUGUGCAGCACUGUAAAUGC